AUGAACGCAAAACCCGUUGCCAAAAAACAAUCCAAAACUAUAUCAGAAUUCAAAAAACUCAAGCUUAAUGGAAUCGAUUUCUGUGUAGGCGAUGUCGUUCAAGUCAAGGAAUACAGUGACGAAGACUGUUUUGCCACAAUCCAGCGAAUAUUUAAAGAUUCAGCCAAACUAGAGCCUCAGCUAAAUAUCAGAUGAUUUUACAAGCCAAGUGAAGCAUUUCAUGCAGAUCAUGAUUUUAUUUCAGCUGCAGAAUUAAUAGAUUCUGACCUUAUCCAAGAUAUAAAUGUCCAAUGUGUUUAUGGGAAAAUAAAGCUUGUUACCUUAGAAGAAUAUCACAGCUUGGAUGAAGCAGAUGAAGAUGUUUAUUUUUGCAGAGCAAAAUAUAUCACUAAAGAGGAUUGUGUGAUACCUCCACUUACAGAAUGAAAAAAAGCUUGUGUUUGUAACGCCAUUAUAAACCCUGAUGUCUUGUAUAUUAGUUGCGAUAAUUGCCAGGAAUUAUUCCACCCUGAUUGUGUGAAGGCAAAUAUUGAAGAUCCAAGCUGAUUUUGUGAAAACUGCAAAGAUAAAGUAAGUUAA